GCGCGACACGCGAGACCGUGGACCGUAAGGACCCUGCUGCGCGACGCGGUGCUCUUUCUCCGAGCUGCCCGUCAUCUCCCCCACCGUCGUUCUUUGUCUCUUACGCCCACCAACCAACUUGUCUCUCUCUAAGCUUGCCAACCUCCAGUCCUUACUUACGUUCUCUGGCUAGCUGAAAGCGUAUCUAUACCACCAACUGCUGAACGACAACACACCAACCAACUACCGCACUCAGAUUCAUUGUCAUGCAACUCACACUGUCUUUUGUCUGGCUGGCCGCGCUGGCGACUGCGGCGCCGAUGGACCGCCACUUCCAUGUCGGCGUGUCCCUUCCCCCGCGCGAGGAGCCGUCGGGUGCAAGCAUCCCCAUCAGCAAGCGCUCGUUCUUGACCAAGGAGAACGGGGUCUUUGACUCUGACCGCGCGAUUGCCCUGUCCGUCCGCACGCACAACAAGCACCAGCAGAACCUGGCGAACCUUCUUGCGAAUGUCGGGGAGGAUGUCUUUGGAGGACUGGGGCGCUUCAUCCACCCCAAGUCGUCACUCCCUGUGCAUGUGAAGCGUAACCUUGAAGCUCGUCAGGCUAUUCCGAUGCAGCCCAUCGACGGCGAUGUCGCCUGGCAGGGCAAUAUUUCGAUCGGCACGCCCCCGCAGUCCUUCCGGAUCGAUUUUGACACCGGCUCCGCCGACCUCUGGGUCCCAUCGAAGAGCUGCACGACCGAUGACUGCGCGGACAAGUCGAAGUUCGACCCGAGCGCGUCGUCUUCCAACAAGCAGCAGCCGGGUAACUUCUCCAUCAACUAUGCGGAUGGCUCCAAUGUCCAGGGUGAUAUCUUUACCGACACCGUCAAUGCCGCGGGCAUUGAGGUCAAGGACCAGUACUUCUCUGCGGUCGACUCGGUGUCCUCCACCCUCGGCGACGAGGCCAUCGAUGGCAUCAUGGGUCUCGCCUUCCCUCGCAUCUCCAACCUCGCCCAGGACCCCUUCUUCGUCCAUGCCAAGUCCAGCAACGCCCUCUCCACCUACCAGUUCUCCUUCUACCUCACCGAAGGCUCCGACUCCGAGCUCUACCUUGGCGGCACGAACAAGGACAAGUACACCGGCGACGUCGAGUUCCACGACAUCGACGAGUCGAGCGGCCACUGGGAGGUCACGGGCGCCACCGCGCGCGUCGCUGGCCAGGAGGUUGUGAACAACUUCACCACCAUCGUCGACUCGGGCACGACGCUGAUCUAUGGGCCCCCGGAGUCGGUGAAGAAGCUGUUCGACGCGGUGGAGGGCGCGUAUGAGCAGGACAAGGCGAACGGCUACUUCGCGUAUCCGUGCGACAAGGCGCCGAAGAUCGCGUUUAACUAUGGCGGGAUGGAUAUUGAGAUUUCGGAGGAUAACCUGAACCUGGGCAAGGUCGACGAGGGUUCAUCGGACUGCAUUGCUGCUAUCUCGGCUCAAGACCUUGGUCUGGGUGAGGGGACGUGGCUGCUCGGUGACGCGUUCAUGAAGAACGUCUACACCGUCUUCGACAUGGACAAGAAGGCUGUCGGCUUUGCCGCCCUUGCCAAUGGCGGCGCCUCGCAAUAGACAACAACACCCACACAUUCCCUACCCCAACAUUCACGCCUCACGCAACCCUUUACCCGCACGCACUCUGCACCCCUCGCUAUCGACUUGCUUUGUCCUAUCUUACUCACUUCCCGUACUCGGUAGCCUGCCUGCUCACCUCCUGCUUUACUCACCGCCACAUCUUGGCUUACCCUAACGUCCCUUCGGUCAGGCUAACGGACAAUGCAAUUGAAUACUCCUGCACGACAUGUAUCUGCGCAAUGUGUGAACCGUGAAUGUAGCAUAGCCGCUGGAACGGCGCUGGAUGUAGCUUCAGUGUAGUAUACACCAUCUGUAGAAGUGACUGGCUCACACAAAUGGCUCCAGGAGCGCGAAAUAGAAAGAAAUUUCCCGUA